AUGAAACGUAUAUUUUUAAUUGAUUGUCCUGGUAUUGUUCCACCACUGGCUAAAGAUUCUGAAUCUGAUAUUUUAUUCCGUGGUGUUGUUAGAGUUGAACAUGUUUCUAAUCCUGAACAAUUUAUACCUGAUAUGUUGAAAAAAUGUGAACGUAAACAUUUAGAAAGAACUUAUGAAAUUAAAGGAUGGAGUAAAUUUGAAGAAAAUGAAGAAUUGUUAGAACAAGCAAGUACGGAAUUCAUUGAAUUAAUUGCUAGAAAACAAGGUAGAUUAAUUAAAGGUGGUGAACCUGAUGAAGUUGGUGUUGCUAAACAAAUAUUGAAUGAUUUCAAUCGUGGUAAAAUUCCAUGGUUUGUUCCUCCUCCAAAGGAUGAAGAAGAUGAAGAAGAUAAAAAGAAGAAAUCUGGUGAAGAUAAAAAAGCUGAAUAUAAGAGAAAGAGAAAACAAAGAGAACAACAACAAGAAGAAGAUGUCGAUGAUGAAGAGGAGGGUACUACUAGUAGUAGUAAUAAAAGGGCUAAAAUAGAGGAAACUAAAUAG